CAAGAACUGAAUUUUUUUUAUAAAAAAAAAAAGAAAAAAAAAACAAUCACCUCUCUUGACUCUUCCCUCCUGCCACAAUUGACAAGACCAAUAAAUAAAUAAAAAAAAAAAAAGUAAAAUAAUUUGUGAUCUCUGUAAAAAUCAAGACAAAGAUUAAAUUUAUCAGUGUGUAUUUUUGUGCAUCUCAAAGACAAAGAGAUAAUAAAUAAAAAAAAAAAAAAGAAAAGUUUAUUAAAAAAUAAACCAAUAAUAAUAAUAUUACUGUGUUUGUGUCAGUGUAUUUGUUGUGUGUGUUUUCAUAUGUGUAUGACGACAAUAUACAAUCAACAAAUUCUUGCGGUUUUCCUGUUUGAUGACCGUUAGAUAAACAAUUUUAAAACAAUGCAUAGUAUUAAUAAUAUAUUAAUUAAUGAAGGUCAAUAAGUGGGUAAGAGUGUAAAAUCAUUAACAAAAAUAAAUUAAUCAUUUAAAUAAAUGAGUAUACAUUUUAUAUUUUAACGAGUUUAAUUUUGGUGAAACUUUUGCGAAAAUAAAUCCCAAUAGUUAUGAGUGAGUGUGUGUGUUUGUAUAUUUUGUAUUAGUAAAUACAUAUAUGUAACCGUUGAGUUUCCCACGAUGUUGACCAUUUGUUAAUUAUUUAUUUAAAUAUAUAUAUAUACAUAGAUAUAUAUAUUUAUAUCAUUUGUUUUAAUUAUAAUUAUUUUCAUUACUCUGUGGCAGGAACGUAUGUUAAAUACAUAUACAUUUCGAUGUUGUAACAAUAAUAAGAAAAAAUAAAUAAAUAAGUAAAUUAAAAAACAACCAAAAUGGAAGAGCAAAGCGUUCAAUGCAGUAUCACCGAUAUAAAUAGUGAAGAGCCAGCAAAGAGUGAAGUAUUACAAUCAGAUCAACCACGUAAAAAUCGUAUAUGUUUAAUUGGCGAUAUUAGAAAUAAUUCAUUAAUUAGUGCUGCUGCACAAAAAUUUGGAGUACCUGUAUUAACAUCUGAUACUGGUAUUGAAUACAGUGGUGAUGACAAAGUAUAUUGUACAUAUUUUGUACUACAAUCAUUCGAUGGAAGUGUUUAUGAAGCACUUCCAAAAAAAUCUCACAGAAUACUUGGACCAACUGCUCUAUUACAAUUAGCAAAUAGAGGAGAUGCACUUCCACGAAUACACCGGCCAAUGUAUUCAAUAUCAUUGCUUGGAAAAGUUAUUGUAUUUACAGGUUUUAGAAAUAAAUCUGAAUUGUCAUCAUUGGUCCAUAAAAUUCAUGGUAUGGGAGGAAGCAUUAAAAAUGAAAUGAGUGAACGAGUUACACAUUUAAUUGCAAAUUGUUAUGCUAGCGAUGACAAAUAUAAAUAUGCUCUUAUAUUUAAAUUAUCAAUAAUGUCAAAAAAUUGGAUUGAUCAAUUGUGGGAAGAACGUGAUAAUCCAAUAAUAUUUGGAGACAAUGAAGCAAUUACUUCUCGUAAUAAAUUACCACUAUUUUUUAAUUCAAAAAUAUGCUUUUUUGGUUUUCCUGAAGAGGAAAAAAUUCAUAUGGUUGAAGUACUUGAGCAACAAGGUGGUACUCCAAUUGAUAUUAAUGGCCCAGAGUGUACACAUGUUGUUGUUGAUGAAUCUAAUUCAAAUAUACUACAAGAAUUGGGAAAAAUGGAUGUUGUUAAGGGUGAUUCAGUGGCAUCAAGUUGUCGAAGACGUGCACAAAUUGUUAAGGCUGAAUGGUUUUGGACAUCUGUACAAAACCAAGAUAUUGCUCAUGAAAGAGAUUACAAAAUUAAUUUGGAAUCAGUUAUGUCACCUAGUGCAUUUGCAAGAAGAGAUAGCCAACAAACAUCAACACCAACAUCAGCAUCAACAAAAAGAAAACGUAAACGUUUUCCAGAAAAUAUUGUUAGUUUAAUUCAAAAUGCUGAAUCACCAACUGUUUAUAAAAGAAGAUCAAGUAUAAGUGAUGCUGGAUUUCUAAGUGUUAGUGGAAGUUUCUUGGAUGCUACUGCAAGUCCAGACAAACAUGCGCUUGACGAUAUUCCAGAAGUUGAAGCUGCAAAUACUGGACCAAAAAAAGACAAGCCUCGACGAUAUCCAGUUUUCUUAGAACUUCUUAAUACGGAAAAAAAUUAUGUUGAAAUUCUCAAUGCAAUAAUAACGUUUCAAAAACAAUUGGAUGAUUUAAUUGAUACACCAGGUGAAUUGAUAAAUGCAACAGAACGUAAAUUAAUAUUUGGUAAUGUAUCAAUAAUUCAUGAUACUCAUAAAAAAAUGUUGGAAGAAUUUAAACAUCAUUGUACAAAUUGGAAAGAUGAUACAAGUAUUGGAGCAAUAUAUUUAUCACAUUUACCUGGAUUAGUUAAAGUAUAUCCACCGUAUAUAAAUUUUUUAUCAAAUGCAUAUGAAACAUUAAAAAAAUUAGAUGCAGAAAGACCAAGAUUUCAUGCAUUUUUAAAAAUAUGUCAAUCAAAACCACAAAGUCAAAGACAACCAUUACAUGAAUUAUUAUUGCGUCCAUUUCAAAGAUUAGGAUCAACAAUAUUAUUACUUGAAGAAAUACAUCGUCAUACUGAUAUUAAUAAUCCUGAUCAUAGCUCACUUAAAUUAGCAAUUGAAGGAUUAAAAAAAGCAACAUCACAUGUUGAUGAAGAUAAAAGAAAAACUGAAGAACAAGUAUCAAUAUUUUGUAUAUUUAAUGAUAUUGAUAAUUGUCCAGCAUAUUUAGUAUCAUCACAUCGUUCAUUUAUUGAUAAAUAUGAAGUUAUAGAUUUAAAUAAAGACUUGAGUGGACGUGGUACUCAUUUAACAUUAUUUUUAUUUUCUGAUACAUUAGAAAUAUGUAAAAAAAAAUCAAAAUUUAAUUCACUUAAAAGUCCAAAUAUGAUGAAUGGUACAAAUAUUGUCAAUGGCUCAAAUACAAUGACAAAACAUAAUCAAGAAAAACUUUAUAGACAUGUUGAAAUGUUAUCAUUGAGAGAUGUUAAAAAAGUUUUUGAUAUACAAGAAACUGAAGGAUGUUCAAAUGUUUUUGCUUUGAAAGUUAGAAGUAAUCAGGAAAUUAAAGAAAAAUUAUUUUCAUUUGCAAUGACUGAUGAAAGAAGUAAUAAAACAAAUUUUCUUAAAUCUUUGUGCCGACAAAUGGCAAAUACAAUUUGCAUAGCUGACGCAGAUAUAUUUUUAAUUUCAUUACAUUCAAGUGAUUUAAAAAUUGACACAAGUGAAGUUGCAACGGGGACACUUGGUAAAGCAUUUAAAUUUGCUACAAAAACUAAAAAAAAUCUUACCAGAGCAUUGAGUAUCAACAAAACACCGAGUAAAUUAAAAAGAGCAAUGUCGACAAUGAUGUCUCCAUUUGGUUCAACAACAAGUUUAUCACACUCGACAAGUUUGACACCAAUUAGUGGACUUGCUGGAAUGCGAUUGGAAUUAGCAAAAGGAGAAACGGAUUCACCGUCAUCACGAGAUAACGUCUUGGUUGCACCAAUGUCAGUUCAACCAACGAGGAAGGCUAAAUGUGGUACUCUCAGUAUGGCCUCAUUACGAAGGUUAUAAAUUUAUAAUGACUCUUUUUUAUUUCAUUGCAAGUUGUCACCAGGAUAAAUCAUCAACUCAUUUAACCUGACUUGGCUUGUUUUAAAAAGAAAGAUAAAAAAAAAAUAUUAUCUGGCAAAUUUUGACAAAAAAAAAAAAAACAAAUAAACACAAUACUUUUUUUAUUGCGUUGAUUUGUGCUGAUAAAAACAAACGUAUAAUCAAUUUACGUCUUGGCUUACGAAUUUUUUUUUUUUUUUUUUUUUUUUAAUUAUAUUUUAUUGUUAUUGUCUUACAUGUGAGGUUUCAACGAUCGCAUGUAUCGUCUAAAUUAUUAUUUACAAAAUAAUCUAAACUCGAAAAACAAAAAAAAAAAAAAAUAUAUAUAUACACUUAGUGCCUUAUAUGUGUAAUCAUAUAUACAAAUAUAUUUUUUUUUCUUUUUUCUUCGUAAUAAUUCAUAGAUUAUGAUGCUAAAAAUAAGCUAACGAGACUGCAACCAUAUGUGCAACUAAAAAAACAAAAUCAUAAUUAUCUUUGAUUUAUAUAAUAACUGCGUGAU